AACAACGUCGUCUUCAACAUUAAAUUUUUUAUUUUAUUUCUUUAAAAUGAAACUCGGUGCUUUUGGUGUCUUUCUUAUGUUGUAUCAAGUAGAAGCCGCUUCGUUAUGGUGUUAUGGAAGCGAAGGCUAUCACACAAUUACACCACUAACAUCACCUUUAGGUUUGCUCGAUUCUCCAUUCAAUGUAAACCUUGGAACUGUUAUAUUUACAUUUGGAUUUAAUGGCAAAGUAAAUGGCACGGAAACAUUAGCAGUAGUUGGCGCCUACAUGGAGUACAAAAAGGAUAAUCCAAUUAACUUUAUUCUACUCGAGUGGGAGAAAGAAGCAGUAUGUGAUAUUACCUACGGACCUAUAAUUAAAUAUUUAUCAAGGGGAAUACAUAACGCCAAGAAGAUUGGAUGUCUAUUAGGAGAUGCACUUAUGGAAUUAUCUGAGCAUGGUCUUGAUUUGGAUAAAGUGCAUUUGAUAGGACAUUCCCUUGGGGCUCAUCUCAUGGGACAUGCUGGAAAACGAACACAACAAAAGGGAACGCAGCUAAAAAGAAUCACGGGAUUGGACCCAGCAGGACCACUGUUCACGGAUCCCAUUAAGUUAGUUCGCGGCCUAGAAAGGACUGACGCCUUUUUUGUAGAUGUAUUACACACAAAUCCACAACAAUUAGGCACGUCGAAUAAUAUCGGAGAUGUUGAUAUAUGGGUUAAUUGUGAUUUGGAAUAUCAACCUGGCUGUUCAGAAUCAAAAGUCGCUUGCAGCCAUUUACAGUCAGCUAUAUAUUUUGCCGAAUCCGUGAAUUAUCCUUCAUCAUUACCAGCUGUGUCGGCAGAGAGUUGUCAUGAUUGGAGCAACGGAGAUUAUAAUAAUAGCGAUAUUUUAUUCCUCGGGAUACCUUACAAUAGCCAAGCAAAAGGGGACUUCUUUUUAAGAACUAAUUUGAAGUCACCAUAUGGAAAAGGAAUCGAUGGUAUUCAUCCCUGAAAUUAUAUAUAAAAUAAUAUAAUAAUUUAUUAUUGUAAAAGUUACGAUUUUAAAUUGAAAUUAUUUAUAAAAAUAAAAAUUCCAAUGAAAAAAUUCAGUAUUUGGGUGACUCGCUUAUAGAUAGUUUUAACUUGAUGUCGGGUAGUAUUGGAAUUACUUCAGUUAGGCACUUUUGUUUACACUUUUCUUCACUGAUUCAAUAUUCACUUUAAAAUUUUAGUAAUUAGCCCGGGUGCGCAGUGCCGCUUGUUUUUAUAUCCAUUUCCCUACUUCGACACGUUCCCCUCCGGCCUGACUAUGACGUCAGUUCCGUAAAAGCACUUUAAAUAAAAUUAGCAGGGUUUAUAUGAU